ACUAUGCUAGAGUGGCCCGCCCCCUACUGGAACUCACACGGAAGCGGGUCCACUUCAAGUGGACGGAGGCCCACACACAGGCAGUGCAACAGCUCAAACGAAAACUAACUGAUUAUGUCACCCUUCAGAUACCCGAUACCACGAAGCCUUUUGACCUGUACACGGAUGCUUCGGGAUUUGCGUUGGGUGCGAUCCUGGAGCAGGAGGGAAAACCAUUUGGGUUCCUGAGCCAAACAAUGAACGCCGCGCAGCAGAAGUACUCAAUCUAUGAUCAGGAAUUAUUGGCACUGGUUACCGCCUUGGACAAGUGGUCUCACCUACUGCGGGCUGCAAAGGUAACGGCCUACACGGAUCAUCAAGCACUAACGCACCUGCAACAACUUAAGGCAUCCAAACCUCUUCGGGGGCGCACCGCCAGGUGGCUUGAUUUCCUCGCAGAGUUCCCUGAACUGACGAUCUCCUAG